AUGGGCAGACGUCGCCGCGCGCGGUCACUAGUGCGCCGCGUGACGUUCCAAGUCACCUCGGACGCAGCUUUAUAUUCAUAUGUUGGUCAAGACCGUCGGCAACUUGACCAGCGAGCGCGCGCGCGUUUUCGGCCAGUGCUAACAGUUGGCUCUACGGCGGCGACAGUUGCCUUUUAUCCGUCUCGUGCAUUCGGAGUGCCCGUUCGCCCCGCGAUGGCGAAAACCGCGUUCGUUCUCUUGUGUGCCAGCCUGUGUGUACAGUUUGCCUUGUGUCAGUUUGGAUUCUUCCCCCAGAGGGAGGAUCGACGCUUCAACGCUCUCGGAACGGUCGAAAACUUCCUACAGAACCCGACGAGGACCCUACAGGCAUUCCUUAACUUCAGACCGAAUAGGGGAAAUCAAAAUAGACCGGGAAUCAUCAACGGACCGUAUUACCAGGACCAAUACGGAAACUACCCAAACAACUUUAAUCCCAAUGAAUAUUACUAUAACAGUAUAAACUAUCCGAACAGGGAGUACAAUAAUGGAAAAAACGUUGUAUUCGAGCCAACUGUCACAAACAAUCCAUUCGAAUACGAUGUUAAUCCAAACAAAGUUACUGAUAAUUCCAACCAAGGCUUCACAACUGGAAGAUCCAACGAAUUCACUAUAAACAUCGUAGAAGAGGCCGACGAUAAGCCUGAUAACGGACAAAAUUUCGGAGACGAUAUCAACGGAGUGCCAAACCCACCGCCUGCUGAAUUUAAUAACGAAAACGGUGAAUCUGUAAAUGAUGAUAACAAUUCAAAUGCUCCAUCUGGAUUUGAAGACAACAAUGGGAUACCGAGUGUCCCGCCAUCUGGAUUCGAGGAUAGGAACGACGGGAUACCAAAUGUUCCACCUCCUGGAGUUGACGUGGACGGUAUACCAAGCAGCCAAACAGUCUCGGAGACAUCUCAGACUACCCUCCCGCCUUUAACACCGGUUCCUGCCACAGCAUCCAAAAACAACUUCAAUUUUGGAACUCAAGGAUUAUUCCUGGAGUCCUGUGAGACGGUCGACGGCGGCAGUGGCAGCUGCAUAGUGGUGAACCAGUGCGAGCCGUACCUGAAACUUUUGCAGCAGUCGCAGACGAACCCGUCCGUCGUGCAGAUCCUGCGGAAGGCGCACUGCGGUUUCGACGGCAGCAACCCAAAAGUUUGCUGCCCGCGGCCGGGGAUCCCGACCAUUCCGCCCACAGAAGUGGCGACCGAAGCUCCCGAGACGACGACGGAGCCCCCGCGCCCGUCAGCGAAGUCCCUGACCGAUGGGGAUUACGUAGACUCGUUGCCAGAGCCCCCCCAGUGCGGGGUGAGCAACGCCUCCUUCACGAGAGUGGUGGGGGGAGUUGAUGCCAAGUUAGGUGACUUCCCCUGGGUAGCGUUGCUGGGCUACCAGGGUCGCCGCAAGCAGGGGACGCGCUGGCUCUGUGGAGGCUCCCUAGUCAGCAGCAAGCACGUGCUGACCGCCGCCCACUGCAUACACGGCCACGAGGAUGACCUAUAUCUGGUGCGCGUAGGAGAGCUGGACCUAGCGCGGGACGACGACGGCGCCACCCCGGUGGAUGUCCUCAUAAAGAGGAAGAUCAAGCACGAGGAAUACAGCCCCAAGGCGUUCACCAACGACAUCGGAAUAUUGGUGCUCGAACGCGAAAUCAGUUUCACGGCUCUAAUCCGGCCCAUCUGCAUCCCAGUGGACUCUGAGCUGAGAGCGAGGAGUUACGUUGACUAUAACCCCAUAAUCGCUGGUUGGGGAGACACGGAAUUUCGCGGUCCGGCCGCCACCCACCUGCAAGCGCUGCAACUGCCGGUGGUCACCAACGAGCAGUGCGCGCAAGCGUACACGCAGUACAAGGCGCAGACGAUCGACGAGCGCGUGCUGUGCGCGGGGUACAAGAAUGGCGGCAAGGACGCCUGCCAAGGCGACAGCGGCGGGCCCCUCAUGCAGCCGAUCUGGAACUCGAAAAAGUUUACGACGCACUUCUACCAAAUCGGCGUGGUGUCUUACGGGAAGCGGUGCGCGGAGGCCGGUUUCCCGGGAGUCUACACGAGGGUCACGCAUUUCGUGCCCUGGCUCCAGGAGAAGAUGCUGGGCAAGGCC